AUGACUGAUAGCAAACCUCUUACAGAGGAUGAAAUUAAACUAUACGAUAGACAGAUUCGUCUCUGGGGAGUAAAAGCUCAAGGAGAUGUUCGAAACUCGCACAUCUUAGUAAUUAAUCUAACCAGUGUCGGUGUGGAAGUAUGCAAAAAUUUGGUUCUCGGUGGAAUUGGAUCUUUGACUAUUGUUGACGGCUCGAAAGUGAUUGACCAGGAUCUCAACGUUAAUUUUUUCCUUGAUGAGACUCAAGUAGGUCAGUUUAAGCUUGAAGCAUGCAAAUCACGGAUCCGCGAUUUGAACCCGAGAGUUGAAUUAGACACUGAGACACGUGAUUGGACUAGUAUCGUCAACUUGGAAGAAUUCAUCACUAGGUUCAGUUUGGUGGUUGCGACGGGUGUAUGCGAAUCAGAGAUAGUUCGUCUUAAUGGACUCACCAGGAGACUUGGAAUCCCCUUCUAUUGCUCUGGCACCCAUGGUCUCUAUGGAUACAUAUUUGCGGACUUGAUAGCACAUCAAUCCAAUGUCAAAUAUGACAGUCAAUCAAGUAAAAAAGUGGGACCUAUAGAUCCUGUCAGCAGUAUAACGAGCGUCAAAGAGAUUAAAGAGAAUGAUACUCAGACUCAGUGCUGCACAAUCAGGAAUGAGUUUAGGCCAUUCGAUCAGUUGAGCGGGAAGUUCCUUAAGCAGAAAUAUCCCUCGACUAAGAAGCAAAUAAAGAAGAUCUGUACUCUUCUACCGGCUAUACUCGCCCUACUCAAGCUUCCUUCUUACCUUAAUAAACUUACAGAGGAUGUGGAUGUUUCAGCCAAUGAACUUCAAAAGCAGACACUCAAAGUUCUCUCGCAAUUGAAACUUCCACAGGAAAUAGCUUUGAAGAACCCGGAAACCAUCACCAAUCUCGCUCGACAGGCUUACUGCGAAUACCAACCCGUGAGCAGUAUAUUGGGAGGUGCGUUGAGCCAGGACAUAAUUAACUAUAUCGUUAAAAAUGAACUUCCAAUCAAUAAUAUAACGGUAUUGGAUGGCUACAGCGAUGAAAUGCCUGUUUAUACUCUAUAG